AUGGGUGAUAAAUCAACUCCACUUUUAGCUGUUCUCCAAUUAUUACGAAAGUAUGACUUAAAGGGUACCGAAGAAAUUUUAAGAAAAGAAGCUAAUUUAGGAGAUGUUAACUAUGAAAAUUUAGAUUUACCUGAAGUUGAACUUGCUAGCAUCCUCACUGCUCACCACACCGAAAGUGAUCCAUAUAGCUAUGAAUUUGCAUACGAAAGUCUUAAAAAAUUCGUAGAAAACUCUUUGGAUAUAUAUAAGUAUGAACUAUCAACAUUUUUGUAUCCAGUUUUUGUCCACAUGUAUUUGAUACUUAUUUUAUAUGAUCACAAUGAACAUGCUUCAAAAUUUUUGGAAAAAUUUGGCCCUGUACAAGAGGAGCAUUAUCAAGAAGAUUUAAAAAAAUUGGCAGCAGUUGAGCACAAAGAACAAAUCAAGGGUAAUGAACUUGCAGAGAUAUACAGUUCAAAUAAAUUCCAAGUUCAGCUAUCUCGAGAUGCUUCAACUCAAUUAAAAAGGACUCAAGCUCAAGUUAAAGCAACAAUAGGAGGUCUUCUUGGUGAGGCUUCAAGGAAUGAUAAUCGUCCUAAAGUUUACUAUGGGUUGUUGAAAGAACCAGAUAUUCAAGUUCUUCCAGCUCCAAUUGAAGAUGAAGAAGAAGCAGAAGAGACUCCAGACAAACCAAAAAAGAAAAAAGCUAAAAAAGACAAUAUAUUUAUGAAAAAGCCAAAAUCUGACCCAAAUGCUCCACCAAAUGACAGAAUUCCUUUACCGGAAUUAAAAGAAACUGAUAAAAUUGAAAAAGGAAAAGCACUCAGAGAAGCAUCCAAAAGAGUGCAACUUGGUCCUGACAGUCUGCCAUCCAUUUGCUUCUAUACGCUUCUAAAUAGUGGCCAAACUGCAAUUUGUGCUGAUAUUUGUGAUGAUUCGACAUUACUUUCAGUUGGCUUCAACAAUUCAUUAAUAAAGGUUUGGACUUUAACUACUCUCAGACUGCGAGGAAUGAAGUCUGCAGAGAAACUACAAGAUAUUGACAGGGAAGCUGGUGAUGUGUUAGUGAGAAUGAUGGAAGAAAAAGACAGAGAUACCUGCAGAACAUUAUUUGGACACUCGGGCCCUGUUUAUAAAGUGGCAUUUGAUCCGUUCAAGACUAUGUUAUUGUCCUGCUCUGAAGAUUCAACUGUGCGGCUGUGGUCGCUGCAGUGCUGGACGUGCCUGGUGGUGUACCGCGGGCACGUGUGGCCGGUGUGGGACGCGCGCUGGUCGCCGCACGGACACUACUUCGCGUCGGCCGGCCACGACCGCACCGCGCGCCUCUGGGCCACCGACCACCACCAGCCCUUGAGGAUCUUCACUGGACACCACUCCGAUGUUGAUUGUAUACAAUUUCAUCCCAAUUCAAAUUAUAUCGCUACGGGCUCUAGUGACAGAACAGUUAGACUUUGGGAUUGUUUAACGGGAACUCAAGUUCGACUGAUGACAGGCCACAAGUCGACCCCGUUCACGCUGGCGUUCUCCGCGUGCGGGAGGUGGAUAGCGUCGGGCGGCGCCAACGGCGAGGUGGUGGUGUGGGACAUCGCGAGCGGGCUGCCGGCCGCGCCGCCGCCGCGCCACGCCGCGCCCGUGCACGCGCUUGCCUUCAGCCGCGACGGCACCAUACUCGCGUCUGGGUCCUUAGACUCGACUAUUAAACUUUGGGACUUCGCAAUGAUAAGUGACGAAACCAUAAAUGAUGAAACUGGAACGAAUAAUUCAGUACAGAAAGAAGAAAAAUUCUUACUAAGAUCUUUUGCAACGAAAAAUUCGCCUAUUAAACAUUUACAUUUCACUCGGCGUAAUCUUCUGUUAGCUGUAGGUUCAUAUGAAGGUAGUUCA